GUACGCUAGUGGGUGUAAUGUUGCGUCGCAAAGGUUUCUGACCAUUUUCUGCCAUUUCGAUUUUUAAUGCAGUAUUGUAAACAAAUUCUGUAUAUCAAACAUGGGAUUCCAAAACAUUUGGUAUUCACAUCCACGUAAAUAUGGACAAGGAUCUAGAUCUUGUCGUGCUUGUGCGAACAGGCAUGGUUUGAUAAGAAAAUAUGGAUUGAACAUUUGUAGGCAAUGCUUCAGGGAAUAUGCUGCCGAUAUUGGCUUCAAAAAGCUGGAUUAACAUAUGGGAAUAAUGAAAUGAAUGUAUAUGAGAUACAAUAAAAUAAAUUUUUUUUUCUACUAAA